ACAUUUAAAGGGUAAAUACGACACAAUCCCAGCAAUAUAAAAAUGUAUUCAGAGCAAGAUUAUAUUGUCAAAUUCUGGUCAUAUGUAUUCGAGGAGGCAUUCAGCAACAGUGGCCUUUACCUCCACUGGGAUGAUACACAGCCUCUCAAGGCCAAGAAAAAAGAAAAGGUCACUCUAAAAAUAGACCUUCGUAUCUUGUACUCCUUAAAUUCAAAGCAAUCGAAUUUAAGAGUUGGCGAGUUUGCCAAGAAAGCAACAGUAUGCAAACUCUACCAUGACAAGCUCAAACAAGUCCUCAUUACCAAGUAUCAUCUUAAACACCUUCUCUCAGGCCUUCCCACAUCAACAACACUUGUACCAUUUGUACAAAUAAUGGGUUUCGAAUGCCAGCUAUAUGUAUUGAGGUUUAUCGAAUGCUUUAACGCCUUGGAAGCUGUAGGUGUCACCGCCUUUCUCAACACUCACAGAGAUCUCAGAGUAAUGGCAUUGAAAGCCUGUACAAUUGCUUGGAAAAGGCAAAGAGUAUAUGCUUGACAUUGAAACAAGCAAUUAAAGAUAAUAGUCUUGACAAAUCAAACAACAGAAUGGGCAAGGUCCCCGCGAAAAAAGAGGAGGGUAAAGAAGUUAAUGAAGAAGAUAUUUAAAUAAAUGAAAGGUGAUAAGAAGGUGGUGUGUUUAAGUUUUUUAUUGUAUGGGUAUACGUAUGCAAGGGCUGUUGCUUCAUGUUUAUAGGAUUAUUAUUAUCAAUCAAAUUCAUAAGCUAAUGAAUUAUCAAAGAUAAAUACUGAUAUUAGCAUUCGACUUAAUGUAUGCUUGUCUUUUUCAUCAAGC